AUGUCUACCCUCAUCGCCUACCUCCCACCCCUCUUCACCGCUAUGCCCGUCCUAACCACCCUCCUCGGCUUCACUGGUUUCGGUGGUGGUCUCUACACAUUCACUUCGCCCGCUGCGAGGCCAAUCCUCUUCGGAAUCAUCCCGCCCACUUCCAUGCUCCCAUCCAAAGAAGACCAAGCCCAGUCACCAACCCCAUCCCAAGCCUCCCUCAUCGCAUACAUUCGCGUCCACGGGAUCCGCAAUUUCUCGAACGGGCUAGGCUUAGCGGGCCUGUCUAUCUACUCCCUCCUCGGCGCAGGGUCACCCGCCGAAGCGGCAAUCGUCAGGAAGUGCCUUGGUGUGAUGUAG